GGACCGAGCGGAGUUCGUGGUCCAACUGCAGCACGCCAGCCGGAGACGGGAGUAAGAGCAGAGCCCUGAUCUGUGUCCCGGAUGCUGUGACGUCAUGUCCCCAGGGUGUGGACCAGGUGGAGAUACAGAUGUGCGAACCAGUUAACGGCAGCUGGUCCGCGUGGGGCCCGUGGACCGGAUGUGACGUCACCUGUGGUGCGGGGUCCCAGACGAGGACCCGCCUCUGUGACAACCCUGCUCCUUCUAAUGGCGGGCUGUUCUGCAGCGGUGCCGCACAAGACUUCCAGUCGUGCACCAGAGCCUUAUGUCCUGUUGACGGGAACUGGUCGCCAUGGAGUUUCUGGUCCAGUUGUGACGUCACGUGUGCUUCUGGCGUCCAGUUCCGCAACCGCAGCUGCGACAAUCCGCCCCCUAUUGGCGGUGGAGCAAACUGCAGUGGUGUGUCCGAUGACUUUCAGGUGUGCAACACGUCACAGCUGUGCCCAGUCCACGGCAACUGGUCCCAGUGGAGCCCCUGGUCCGCCUGUAACGUCACGUGCGGACUCGGCAGCCAAUCGCGCAACCGCAGUUGUGACAGCCCCCCUCCCCAACAUGGCGGCGCGAACUGUGGCGGGAGUCCUGCGGAAGUUCAGAGCUGCGACAGCGGGCAGCCGUGUGCGGUCCACGGCAACUGGUCCCAGUGGAGCCCCUGGUCCGCCUGUAACGCCACGUGCGGACUCGGCAGCCAAUCGCGCUACCGCAGUUGUGACAGCCCCCCUCCCCAACAUGGUGGCGCGAACUGUAGCGGGAGUUCUGAGGAACUUCAGGGCUGCGACAGCGGACAGCCGUGUGCGGGUAAGUUUUUUUUCUUUAAUGGGAACUGGUCUGCGUGGAGCCUGUGGUCCGCCUGUAACGCGAGCUGCGGUGUCGGGUAUCAGACCCGGAACCGGACCUGUGACAACCCGGAGCCGCUGAACGGCGGGGCGAACUGCACCGGGACCGCACAGGACGUGCAAGAGUGCGAUUUCCUACCUCCAUGUGCAGUUGACGGCGGCUGGUCUCCAUGGACACCAUGGUCCAACUGUAGCGAGACCUGUGGAAACGGCGUGAGGAACCGGACCCGCAGCUGCGACAAUCCGCCGCCUCAGCACGGUGGGGCCAACUGUACCGGGGAUGCGAACCAGUCGGAAACCUGCGGAAUAGAUCUGUCCUGCUAUGCGUGCCCUCCGGCGCAAAGCCCGACCGUGUGGGCACGGGACUGA